AUGGAAGUGGGCGAAGUCAAAUUUGGAGAAGGAACUGUUUUAAUUGUCAAAGGUAACUUAACUUCCUUCCCUCAUUUUGGAUUUUCAUUUCGUACCAUAAAAUUCAAAAUAAACGUAAGAAUUUGGCGAUAAAUGAAUAUAGCAUGAAAAUAGAAUUUACACACCAUGAUCUUACUCCGUCUCUCUCUUCAGGUUCAGAGUCCAACAGCAUGUCUGUGCUCCAGCAGUCUGUGUCUGAGUCAGUCCAGCAAGGAGACUCUGUGACUCUGAACUGUACAAUACACACUGAGACCUGUGCAGGAGAACAGUGUCUACUGGUUCAGACAUGGCUCAGGAGAAUCCCAUCCAGGAAUCAUUUACAACAUUGGAGACAGGAGUGAUCAGUGUGAGAAGAGCCCUGAAGCUCGGUCUCCUAGACAGAGCUGUGUCUACAACCUCCCCAAGAGGAACCUCAGCCUCUCUGAUGCUGGGACUUACUACUGUGCUGUGGCCUCAUGUGGGGAGAUACUGUUCGGGAACAGGACCAAGCUGUCAGGCGUCAGUGUGUAGCGGUAGGACGGAGUCAGGCGCAGGACACAGAGCUAGUAGACAAUGUACUUUACUCGUAAAUAUCAAAUGAACAUAAACUCCACGCAGGGAGGACAAUCCCGCUCACCAGUCGAUAACACCAAACAGAACAAACACGCACACAACACAGUGGGAGCCAGAGGGUUAAAUAGGGAACAAAUCAUAGACAUAAUGGGAACCAGGUGUGUACAAUGAAGACAAAACAAGUAGAACACAGAAACAUAUAUCGGUAGCAGCUAGUACUCCGGUGACGACGAAAGCCGAAGCCUGCCCGAGCAAGGAGGAGGAGCAGCCUCGGCUGAAUCCGUGACAUUACCCCCCCCCCACCUUGACCUCGGGGACGGCCAGGAGGACGCGGUGCAGGGCGAGUCAGAUGAUGACAGUGGAAAUCCCCCCUCAACAUGGAGGGAUCGAGGAUGUCCCUCCUAGGGACCCAGCACCGUUCCUCCGGACCGUACCCCUCCCACUCCACGAGAUACUGCAGGCCCCCUACCCGACGCCUCUAAUCCAGAAUGGAACGGACCGAGUAUGCCGGUGCCCCCUCGAGGAACCUCCCAUUCCUCAGACUCCUGGAGUGGACCAGCUACCAACGGCCUGAGGAGAGACACAUGGAACGAGGGGUUAAUACGAUACUCAGGAGGAAGCUGUAACCUAUAACAAACCUCCUUCAAUCUCCUCAGGACUUUAAAUGGCCCCACAAACCGCCGACCCAGCUUCCUGCAGGGCAGGCAAAGGGGCAGGUUUCGGGUCGAGAGCCAGACCCGGUCCCCUGGUGUAUACACUGGGGCCUCACUGCGGUGGCGGUCGGCGCUCGCUCAUUGCAGGCGUGCAUGGGCAGCGUUCCAGGUCUCCUCCACCGCAGGCGCCUCGAUCUGGCUCUGAUGCCAUGGUGCCAGCACCGGCUGAUAACCUAAUACACACUGAAAUGGAGAAAGGUUAGUGGAGGAGUGGCGGAGGGAGUUUUGGGCCAUCUCUGCCCAGGGGAUGAAAACCGACCACUCCCCCGGCCGGUCCUGGCAAUAGGACCGCAGAAACCUACCCACAUCCUGGUUUACUCUUUCCACCUGCCCAUUACUCUCGGGGUGAAACCCUGAGGUCAGGCUGACCGAGACCCCCAGACGUUCCAAGAACGCCCUCCAGACCCUUGAGGUGAACUGGGAACCUCGAUCAGACACUAUAUCCUCAGGUACCCCGUAGUGCCGGAAGACGUGAGUAAAUAGGGCCUCCGCAGUCUGUAGGGCCGUAGGGAGACCGGGCAGAGGAAUGAGACGGCAGGACUUAGAAAACCGAUCCACAACGACCAGGAUCGUGGUGUUCCCUUGUGACGGGGGAAGGUCCGUAACGAAAUCCACCGAUAGGUGGGACCACGGCCGUUGUGGAACGGGUAGGUGUUGUAAUUUCCCUCUGGGCAAAUGUCUAAGAGCCUUACACUGGGCGCACACCGAGCAGGAGGAAACAUAAACCCUCACGUCCUUAGCUAAAGUGGGCCACCAGUACUUCCCACUAAGACAGUGCACUGUCCGACCAAAGCCAGGAUGACCAGAGGAGGGUGACGUGUGAGCCCAAUAGAUCAAUUGAUCGCGGACAUCUAACGGCACGACCCUCUGGACACUGGGGGGGAGUGGGCACUGUACGUAACGCGCGCUCGAUGUCUGCGUCAACCUCCCACACCACCGGUGCCACCAGACACGAAGCCAGAAGUAUGGGAGUGGGCUCCAUGGACCUCUCCUCUGUGUCAUACAGUCGGGACAGAGUGUUUGCCUUAGCGUUCUGGGAACCUGGUCUGUAAGAAAGGGUGAACACAAAACGGGUGAAAAACAUGGCCCACCUUGCCUGGCGAGGGUUCAGUCUCCUCACCGCCCAGAUGUACUCCAGAUUGUGGUGGUCGUCAAAAUGAGGAAAGGGUGUUUAGCCCCCUCAAGCCAAUGCCUCCACGCUUUCAGAGCCUUAACCACAGCUAGCAGCUCCCGGUCCCCCACAUUAUAGUUGCGCUCCGCCGGGCAGAGCUUCUUUGAAAAGAAAGCACAGGGGCGGAGCUUUGGUGGCAUACCCGAGCGCUGAGACAGUACAGCUCCUAUCCCUGCCUCGGACGCGUCCACCUCUACUGUGAAUGCCAAGGAGGGAUCCGGAUGAGCCAGCACUGGAGCCGAGGUAAACAGGUCCUUCAGGUGACCAAAAGCCCUGUCAACCUCUGCAGUCGCACCGGUCCCCCCUUCAGCAAGGAGGUAAUAGGAGCCGCUACCUGACCAAAGCCCCGGAUAAACAUCCGGUAGUAGUUGGCACACCCUAAGAAUCGCUGCACCUCCUUCACCAUGGUUGGAGUUUUACGCACGGCCGAAAUGCGGUCAAUCUCCAUCUCCACCCCUGACGUGGACAGAUGUUGCCCUAGGAAGGAGACAGACUUUUGAAAGAACAGACAUUUCUCCGCCUUGACGUACAGGUCAUGUUCCAACAGUCGACCAAGCACCUUGCGCACCAGGGACACAUGCUCGGCUCGUGUAGCGGAGUAUAUGAGAAUGUCAUCUAUAUACACCACUACACCCUGUCCGUGCAGGUCCCUGAAAAUCUAUCAACAAAGGAUUGGAAGACUGAUGGAGCAUUCAUCAACCCGUACGGCAUGAUGAGGUACUCAUAGUGCCCAGAUGUGGUACUAAAUGCCGUCUUCCACUCAUCCCCCUCCCGGAUAUGCACCAGGUUGUACGCGCUCCUGAGAUCCAAUUGAGUGAAGAAGCGCGCCCUGUGCAAUGACUCCAUCAUACUAGCAAUGAGAGGUAGUGGAUAACUGUACUUAACAGGGAUCUGAUUGAGACCACGGUAGUCAAUGCACGGGCGUAAACCUCCAUCCUUCUUCUUCACAAAAAAGAAACUCGAGGAGACAGAUGAAGUGGAAGGCCGAAUGUAUCCCUGUCCCAGAGAUUCGGAGACAUAUGUUUCCAUAGCAGCCGUCUCUUCCUGUGACAGAGGAUACACGUGACUCCGGGGAUUUAUCGCACAAUCCCCCUGUCGAUGGGGUGGUAAUUGAGUCACCUUCUUUUUACAGAAGGCGAGAGCCAAAUCGGCAUAUUCGGGGGGAAUGUGCAUAGUGGAGACCUGGUUUGGACUUUCCACCGUAGUUGCACCUAUGGAAACACCUACACACCUCCCCGGGCACUGACGUGACCAUCCCUUGAGAGCCCUCUGUUGCCAUGAAAUUGUGGGGUCAUGAGAGGUUAACCAGGGAAGCCCCAACACCACUGGAAAUGCAGGAAAAUCAAUCAGAAAGAGACUAAUUCUCUCCUCAUGACCCUCCUGCGUUUUCAUCCAGAGUGGAGCUGUGACCUCCCUAAUCAGGCCUGACCCUAAAGGGCGACUAUCUAAGGCAUGUACAGGGAAGGGCACAUCAACAGGAACAAUAGGAAUCCCUAAUCUACGGGAAAACCUACGAUCAAUAAAGUUCCCAGCUGCGCCUGAAUCUACGAGCGCCUUAUGCUGGGAAUGUGGGGAAAACUCUGGAAAUUCGAUGUCAAUACACAUGUGCGCAACAGGGAGCUCUGGGUGAGUCGGCUGCCUACUCACCUGGGACGGUCCACCAGUGCUCUGCCUGCUGCCUCGACUCCCUGAGGACCCUUCCCAGCACCGACCAACAGUGUGUCCUCUGCGGCCACAGUUGGUGCAGGAGACGGCCCCCCUUCCGGUCUCCCUGAGAGCAGCACCUCCGAGCUCCAUAGGUAUAGGGUCGGAGGUGCUGGGGGAUGGAAUGGACGGAUCCUGAUCCGGACGUCCGCGGGUCGCCAACAGGUUAUCCAGCCUUAUCGACAUAUCUACCAGCUGGUCCAGGUUAAGGGUGGUGUUCCUGCAGGCCAGCUCCCGACGAACGUCCUCCCGUAGGCUGCAUCGGUAGUGGUCAAUCAGGGCCCUCUCGUUCCAUCCCGCGCUGGCAGCCACGGUCCUGAAGUCCAGUGCGAAGUCCUGUGCGCUCCUCUUCCCCUGUCUGAGGUGGAACAGUCGUUCCCCUGCCGCUCUCCCCUCCGGUGGAUGAUCGAAUACCGCCCGGAAGCGGCGGGUGAAAUCUUCAUAGCGCACCGACGCCGCGUCUAUUCCUCCCCACUCGCCGUUGGCCCACUCGAGUGCUCUCUCCGGCAGCUGUACCAUCAUAUGCCCUCAGGAGCGAGAGGGCAUAUGAUGGUGGACAGAGGUGUGGGUUGCUGUGUAAUUGGAGGAGGUGUAGGAAAACCCCCUCUCUCCUAUCGCUCCAUGGUGUUCAACACGCGCUCCAUUGCUGUGCCGAGAGUCUGUAUCAUGGUCGCCUGCUGUUGGACGCGUUCCUCCACUGAUCCGGAAGGAAUUAAUGUGCCUGCUGACUCCACUUGAGGUGCGUGUUUCUGUCAGGCGUCACGGUGUAGCAGUAGGAUGGAGUCAGGCGCAGGACACAGAGCUAGUAGACAACGUACUUUACUCGUAAAUAUCAAAUGAACAUAAACUCCACGCAGGGAGGACAAUCCCGCUCAACAGUCGAUAACACCAAACAUAGAACAAACACGCACACAACACAGUGGGAGCCAGAGGGUUAAAUAGGGAACAAAUCAUAGACAUAAUGGGAACCAGGUGUGUACAAUGAAGACAAAACAAGUAGAACACAGAAACAUAUAUCGGUAGCAGCUAGUACUCCGAUGACGACGAACGCCGAAGCCCGCCCGAGCAAGGAGGAGGAGCAGCCUCGGCUGAAUCCAUGACACAAGCUGGAUGUUGAAGGUAGACUACAUUUCCUAAUCCAUAUGCUAUUUUAAAAAGACAAACAUUACAGUUAAUGAUUGAUUCGCUGUAUCGACUACUGCCCAUAGCACUAUAGUGGAGUGAUACAGUAUAUUUUAUUAUUUCAGAUGGUGACUUUUGAUUCUGAUUCACAGAUGAGAAUCCUGGUCCUUCUCUCCAUCAUAAGAACUGGAGUUCUCCUCUGCUGUCUGACCAUCUUAAUCAUCAUCUACACCACCAGGAAAUAG